CCAUGUGAUAUUUAAGCUCAUGUGCCUGAUUUAUUUCACUUAACAUUGUGGUCUUAAGGUACAUCCAUUUUCCUAUGAAUGACUCAAAUUAAUCCUUUUUUAUGGUAAAGUGGUACUCCAUUGUGUAUAAAUACUGCAUUUUCUUUAUCCAUUCAUCUGUUGAUGGGGGCUGCUGAGGAGGAGCCAAGGAGCUGAGCCACACAGAUGCCAGCAACACCUCUGCCAACCCCCACCCCCGCCUCUGGCUGCUGGGCUGCACAGAUACCUGGAUCCUCACCACAGAGGUGCAAGGGGUCAUAAAGGACAUUGUUCUGAGCUCCAGAAGAUAGAGCAGGAGUGAACAACAGAAAGAGAGCCUCUGUGAGGCUCUUCAAUGAAAAUUGAAGCCCACUGGAAAAGUGAAGAAAAUCUCUACAAUAAAGGCACACCAGACCACUGUAAUUGGAGGAGAGCUGUGGUCCUGGACAGGCCAAGGUGGCACAUGCAGGUCAUCCCAGCUGCCCAGGAGGCUGAGGUGCACAAGUCAGGAGCUCAGGAGUUCAAGGCCAGCCUGAGCAACACAGUGAAAUGCUGUCUCAAAAGAAGAAUAAAAGAAAAAGAAGAGAAACAUGGCAUAGAAAAGAAGGAGGAGGAGGAGAAGAAAGAGAAGGAGGAGGAAGAGAAGAAAAAGGAGAGGAAGAAUUUAAACAAACAAACAAAAAACAUGGCUUCAAAGUGCCCCUUGUCACAUGGUAUUCAGGGGACUGGGAACUGGACUCAGGCCCUUGUGGAUGCUAGACAAGCGCUGACAGACUGGAGCCAGAGAGAAGGAGCCAUGGUCCCACAGGGAGGCUGCGUUGCACUGUGGCCAUGGGCAUGGAGAAAAGGGAACCGAGGAGGAACAAAGGACGAGUGCCAAUCUGCGUGGCUAGUGUCUGUUUCCUGUAGGACAUAAUAUUUUGAAAGAUGAUUAAAUAUUGCCUGCUUUUUACUUUGAGAGUCUCGGAUAAAGGACUCAUUUUCAAAGAAGAGAGAGAGAUUGAUCUAAAAGUUAAGACCUCAGGGUGUCUGAGGGAGGGCGUUCAUUCAUGCUCACCAUCUGAAAGAGAAGCUGCUCUCUACAGAUUGCAGAUGGGAGGUCCUGACAGGGACACAGACUGUCAGCCCAAGCAGUGGACCCUGAAGGCAGAAAGAAGGGCAAAGUGCCUCCCUGGGAACAAGACAGCUGCAGCCACAGAAGAAAUGGAGAUGAACUGAAACACCCAGAGGGUUAUAGGGCUAUAAGGAAAGAUGGGCCCAGCUCUAAAAAGAAUCAGAGAAAAGGAAAAUAAAAAGCCUCUGGAUCCAGGGAACAGAAUUGGGACACAGUAGCGGGGGAAUGAACCAGUUUAUAAUAUCAUGCCGUGUGAGACCAUGCCCGUGCUGAGAAACCGAGCUAGGCACUUACCUGCCUCAGAAGCACAGCCAGUUUGGGGGUGCUGUCAGCUGGGUGGGGAGCUGCUUCUAGAGCAAGGUGAGCCUACACAUCCAAACUGUGCACGGCCAGUGUCAGACCCAGUACCUUCCUGUUCAUGUCACUGAGGGACAUCGAUCCCAGUCAUUCUCUGAUGAAUUGUUUUAGUAAAUUUAGUAAAUUCUUUUAGUAGUCCCAGAGCCCAGAAGGAAUUCAUGUGGAACUUUUAAAGAAGGCCACUCUCAGAACUAAUCAUAACCUAGGGCUGGGGACUUAGCUCAGUGGCACCAAGCUUGUCUCACAACCGCAAGGUCCUGAGUUCAAUCUCCAGUACCAGAAAAAAGAAAGAAUUAAUCAGGGGCCGGGGAUUUAGCUCAGUGGUUCUGAUGCCUGCCUCACAAGCACAGGGUCCCGAGUUCAACCCCUGGUACAAAAAAAAAAGAAAGAAAGAAUUAAUCAUAGCCUAAUGUACAUUUCCCAGAGAGAGUUUCCUGUGAUGUAUGAAUACCCUUCUACAUUUUCUUAGCUAUGGAUGGGAAAAGAAUUUUCUGCCCACACAUCUCGCUGAUUAAUUGAAUCUCUUCUUCAGAUCUUUGAAUGAAACAUUUUAAAUAUAUUUCCUUUAGAAAUAAAAGUAUGAAGCACUUUAAAUUAUGUGUCAAAGAAGUCAACUCUCUUGAGAGUUAAAUGGAAAAUUCUUUUCACUUAUCAGGUACAGAAUCAUGGAAAUAAAACAUCAAAAAUAGAAAAAAAAGACUCAUUUUCAUAAUUUGGAAAGUGAGGAACUGUCUGUAACUCAAUAUCCCCACAGGGAAAACUGGACACAGUAAGGUUACUGGAGUACACACUUAGCACAAGACAUGGAAUACUUUAGCGUUUUCCUCCUCUUCGUAUUUGUGGCACUGGACCACCUACAAUGGCUUCCAUUAUUUCUGCCUCAAAGUCAGGACCCCAGCUGCAUUUUACGAUCAGACACAUCUCAAGAUUUUUAUUUUUUCUUUUGUGGU